AUGCCUCGAGUCGCCAAUCAGCCCACGGGCAAGAGCCGGACAGCCACCCAGCAAACACUGGCCACGCCACAAAACACCUCACCCGUGAAACUGCUCCUCAACGAUGACCGCACCGAGAAAGCAGCGCGGCUACAAUCUCGACAAGCCCUGCACGAUAUCCAGAUGAACCAGAUCAGAGCCGCCGCAUCGCCGAUGCGCAAGAUGAACGCACACGAGAACAAGCGAGCCGCAAGCUCGUCUCCGCAGACACCACGCUCCGCCGCCGCUCUCGCACGAGACAGGGACCGGGGAAAGGGAAAAGGGAACAACGACCCCCCGGGAAGCCCCGGCAUGCUGGACGUGGUCUCCCAUUCCGCCGUCACGCCCAUGAAGCGCGUGCCCAUCCUGGCCAAUUUUGAAGAGUGGAUGAAGAUGGCGACGGAUAAUAAGAUCAACGCGGCCAACUCGUGGAAUUUUGCCCUUAUCGAUUAUUUCCACGAUCUGAGUCUGCUGAAGGAGGGGGAUGGGGUCAAUUUUCAGAAGGCGAGCUGUACGCUUGAUGGAUGCGUCAAGAUUUAUACCAGUAGGGUCGAUAGCGUGGCGAGUGAGACGGGGAAGCUGUUGAGUGGGCUGGCGGAUUCUGGUGCCGGGAAGAAAGCGAAGGAGAGGGCGGAGGGGGAGGAGGGGGGAAGUGGUGAUGAGGAGGAGGAGGAGGAGGAGGAGGGGGAGGAUGGAGUCAGGAAGAAGGCGAAGAAGAAGACGCAGCGAUCGCACGAGCAGACGCUGGCACCCACUUUCGCCUCCUUACAGCUCAAGAAGCUCGAACUCGAAUUCACGGUUGAUCCCUUAUUCAAGAAAGCUUCGGCGGAUUUCGACGAAGGAGGCGCAAAGGGACUGCUACUGAAUCAUCUUUCCAUCGAUUCAGAAGGCCGCAUUGUCUUUGACAGCAGCGACGAGACAGCAGAUACCAAGUCUUAUCCAAAUACAACUCAGAUGCAGCAGACGCUCGUGGACCCUUCCGCACCGCCAACGGAAGAGCUAUCAAAUCUAUCUCUCCUACCCGACAACCAACCUCAGAAUCAAGAAAUUGACCUUGCAUCCCUCGCCUCGAAAUUCUUCCCUGACCUCUCGAUUCUCGACUCCCAAGACAUAUGUCCUUCCAUGAAAUCGUUCACCCUGGGCGACGCAACCGCAGACCUCAACCUCCCUUUCCUCAAAGCACCUGAAGACUGGCGCGAAUCCCACCAAGCCAACGGCACAGACAGAUCAUCAAUCGAUAUUCCCAUCUACGACAAAUCUGGCAUAUUCAUCGACUCGGAAAAUGCCGCUGGCUUCGACGAGGACGAUGACGACAGUCCUCUCGUUGGCUUCGACAUGGGUCCUGAUGUUGGCUUCGGCGAAGGCGGCGAAGCAUGGGCCAAAGACGCGGCACUGGAACCCAUGCUGCGAGUCGCUCGAGCAGAAGAAAUCGAUCGCGACGGAGGAGAGGACGGCCUCGUGAUUGGUGACUUCGACCCGGCAAACCCCAACACGGACGCCUAUGCCGUUGGGCUCAACCACCAACGCCGCGUCGGCGACAGCAAUAGUGGCGACCCCACCGAAAACAUCCUCUCCUAUUUCGACGCAGCGCUUAAGUCCACCAAAGGCAAAGCAGCCGCCUGGGCAGGGCCAGAGCACUGGCGGAUCCGCAAAAUCAAAGCCGCUCAGGCAUCGUCCGAGAACCCGCCUGCACCACGUGUUAGGAAGGAAAAGAGGGAACCGUUUGAGAUUGAUUUUCUGACGCCGAUGGAUCAGGGUCUAGCCGAGAUGCUCUAUACGCCGGCGGCCAGCAAUGCGGCCAUUAGUCUGCCCAAGGCGCAGUGGAAGACCAAGGGGAGGAAUCUCUUGCCUGAUGAUCGGCACUUCAAUUCUAGGAGUCUGCUACAGCUGUGGUUGAAACCAAAGGCUAGGGUGGGUAGGAGGAGGGCCGUGCCUGGGUUGCCGGAUAGAGGAGCAAGAGGUGGCUCCUCAGAAGAGCUGGGGAUGGGAGGGGAUAUGGACGGGCAUGUGGAGAUGGAUGAAGCGUACUGGGCUAAAAGACGAGAAGAAGCGGAGGAAAGAAGGCGACGAGAGGUAGAAGAGGAGAAAGAUAGGAAGGAAGGGGAUUAUGAUGCCAACUUCUUCGCCGAUGAUGGCGCUGCCUUACCUUUUGGUGACGGUAUACCAGAUGGUGUUGACGACGACGAUGAUGAUGGAGCACCAGGCUUCACGGACGCAAGGGAGAUGCUUAGUCCUCCUCUCACAGCAGACUCCCAGCAUCAAUCAGCGCCUUUUGGCAUGGCAUCCUCCUCGCAGCAACAGAUACCAACGGAAUCGCAUCUCCUACCCGGCUCCUUUGGCUCCCAACUCGUCACCCAAGGUGGAAGGAGGCUCAGACCAGAGUAUGUCAAUUAUGCGCGUGUGGCCAAGAAGGUGGAUGUCAGAAGAUUGAAGGAAAAUAUGUGGAGGGGUAUGAGCCAGAGACUCAUGUCGGCCAUUUCAUCGUCAGCUCCCGCUCCCGUUGAGACUGUCUCGCCAGACGACGCUGCCAACGCGCCACCUACACCAGCACCUACCGAUCCGGGUCUGGACGCUGAUGGGGACGUUGAUAUGGACAUGGACAUGGACAUGGACGUCCACGCCAGUGACAGAGAGAUGGAGGUUGCUGAGAUGGCGAAAGCAGGCACGCAUCAGACGAAGGAAGGGGGAGAACUCCUCUUCACUCACCUCAUCCGCGAUCUGAAGAGCGUCUAUCCCGAACAACAGAUGCGCGAUAUCAGCACGAGUUAUUGUUUUAUCUGUCUGCUGCAUCUGGCCAAUGAGAAGGGUUUGAUUCUUGAGGGUGACUAUGGUCAGGCUGUGCAGAAUAUGGCGGGAGGGGCAGGAGGAGAGGGUAUGGAUGUGAUGACGGGCUUGAUGAGGGAGAUUCGAGUCAGGAGGGAUGAGAGUGUGGGGGUGGGAUAUGUGGGUGAAUGA